UCUGACUCGAUUGCUCUAUCAUUUCCAUUGCGACAUUGGAAGUUUGGGUCCGCAAAGUGGAUGUGAAUCCGAGAUGCUCAAAAAUUGUGUCACGUCUGUAUUGGGUAAUCUCUGCUAGGAAUACACCGGUGUCAGCUGCCAAAAGUACCCAGCCAUGCGCGUGAUGGAAGCUAUCUACCCAGUUAGGUACUUUGUGCUAGAAGUAGACAUGGAGGGGUUGUAUCGCUUUUGCCUGAGUUGCUGAAAGGCUGCGUGUGCCCAUUCACGGGCAGCCAUUGUUCCGCGAAUCAGAAUGCUUUGGUGCCUGAAACUUUGGUGAGAAGCGCCCGCAGUUGACGCAAUUGGCGUCGUUGCCUCAUUCAGUCUCGGCCGCCAUCUAAGUAUCAAUUUCUACCUUGUCAAAGGUAUCUAUCAAACGACAUCAACUACACUCCACGACAGCAGACAAGAUGGCAGAUGUUGACGUCCCCGUGUCAAGCAAGGCAUUUGUGCCUCUUGAAAACAACCCCGAAGUAAUGACCAACCUAGUCCGCCAACUGGGCCUCUCACCAACCUUGCAAUUUCACGACGUCUACUCCCUUACAGAUCCCGACCUAUUAUCAUUCCUCGCCCGACCAGCCCUUGCACUUCUCCUUGUCUUUCCCGUCACGGACACGUACGAGAAAUUCCGAGAAGAAGAAGACGCUCCACGCCAGGACUAUGCUGGAUCCGGUCCAGAAGAGGAAGUCGUAUGGUUCAAGCAAACGAUACGCAACGCCUGCGGACUCAUCGGGCUAUUACAUUCAGUUACCAAUGGAGGCGCACGAGAUCAAAUCACGGAAGGAAGUGAUCUGGAUCAUCUACUGAAGAAAGCCAUCCCACUGAAACCGAAUGACCGUGCAGACCUGCUAUACAAGAGUGAGGCACUGGAGUCAGCACAUGCGACGGCUGCAGCGAAAGGCGACACGACAGCUCCCGAAGCCGAGGCCAGUAUCGAUCUGCACUAUGUGGCGUUUGUUAAGGACAAGGAUGGAGAUCUAUGGGAGCUGGAUGGACGCAGAAAAGGACCGUUAAAGAGAGGCCACCUUGGUCCGGAAGACGAUGUGCUCAGCGAAAAGGGUCAAGAGCUAGGCGUGCAAGCGUUCUUGCAGAGAGAAGAACAGGCCGGUGGCGGCGAGCUGCGCUUCAGUGUGGUCAUGCUGGGUCCUAGCCUUGAGUGAACCUGGACAUGGACUGCCGGUGCACCACGGGUGAUGAGCUACGAAUGAACGCAACG